AUGGCGGAUUUGACUCAGUUAUUCAGGAAAUAUGUGGCGAUAAUUGAGGAAGCGCGGAAUGACCCCGAUGGCGAGGCCGACCAGCGUAGCAAGGGCGUAACACAGAGCAAUGGCUCCAUGGAGAAAUUCAGGAUAAAAGACACAUUCGUGAAGGAAUGUAGUGAGCUUGCGAGGCAUAUUCUGGAGCUCCGGAAGGUUUUAACCUCACUGGAGGGGCCAUACCUCAGUGAGGGAGAAAUGUCGGAACGGGAAAAGGACGACUUUGAUGUUGAGGCGCGGCUACGACUACAGCAGUAUGUCGAGAAACUAAAGUACUUGGAGAAGUACGAAGCGACGCGGCAACAAGCCAGAAAGGUCAAGGGUGACGCAUUGGGGUUGAUGGGGCUGAUUAAUGGUUGGUCUCACACGAUGGCGGGGUUCCAUCAAACGACCAACCAGCAUCGACUAGGGAUAUUGCAGUCGGUCGGGUUAUGGCUGACUGCGACCUCUGUGCAGCUUUCACAAAUGCAGCGUGAAAGGCUCUCGCGCCAGAGAGAGCUGGAAUCCAUCGAUUUCAAUGCACAGCUGUAUGUUCCUACCACGCUUGUAAGCGCUGUUUCACAUAGCCCCGCUGUUGAAACUACACAUGAAGAGAUAAAACAGUACGAGGAGACAAUGUCGAUGUUAACCCAGGAGCAGCUACAAGUGCUGCAGACGGAACAUGAAGAGCUGCUGAACCAGAAAAUGCAGGAAUUGGAAAAGGUUCAGAAGCUCUCGAAAACGGUGAUUGAAGUGGCAUCUUUGCAGAACGAAUUGGCAACCCACUUGCAUGUUCAAACGCAAAACAUCAAUGUACUUCUAGAUGCCAAUGAUGACAUCGAACUAGAUGUGCAAAAGGGCAACAGACAACUCAAUAAGGCACGUGAGCGCGGCAGCAAAUCCGCACUAAUGGUGAUAUACAUGUCCAUUAUUUUUGGACUGACCAUUUUAUUUCUGGAUUAUAUAAAUUAG